AUGGAUGACAACAAUACAACUGCACUUUCAUUGGAGGCACCGCUGACCCUUCUGCAGCUGAUCAAGCAGCUCAGUGCCACACCAACUAUCCCUGCACAGAGAACCGCCGAGGAAAUUGCCCAGGAUGGCACUUUGGAUCCCCAGGCUGCCCUCCGCGCAAACAAGGAAGUCUUCUUCUUCCGCUUGGAACGCGAGAUCGAGAAGGUUAAUGCCUUUUACCUCCAAAAAGAAUCAGAGUUCUCGCUACGACUUAAAACAUUAGUCGACAAGAAGCGCGUGGUCCAAACCCGGACCGUCUCCAACUCCAAGGCCCCCUCAAAUUUCGUGGCUCUCUUUGAGGGCCUCCAGCAGUUUGAUGGCGACUUAAACAAACUACAGCAAUUCGUGGAGAUCAACGAAACCGGCGUGUCCAAGAUUUUGAAGAAAUGGGAUAAAACCUCCAAGUCCCGCAUGAAGGAGCUCUACCUACACCGCGCAGUCGAAGUACAACCGUCCUCCGUGAUCUCGCAGACCGAGCGACGACGGCUAGGUUGGAGCUGGAGGCGUGGGCGGAGGGGAGAGAACUUGCAGUUUGACACGUCUCGGCCUUCAGAUCGCCCGGCGCUUACAUUUGGUUCUGAGGAGGAGGAGUUGGACCAGCAAGUCCUGCAGUCUGCUUCAACUGGCAAUCUUCAAAACUUGCGCGAGUGGUUGGUGAGGCUGGCUUCUUCUGCGGACGCUCGUGACCGGGCGACUCGGACUUUCCUGACCGCUAUCAAUGGCUUCUCGGACGAUGUCCUUGCUCUGCUUCUGGAGAGUGGACUAGUUGAUAUCCACGCAGAAGAUGAUAUCAACGAGCGAAAUUGUCUGCACGAGGCGACCAUCUCCGGGCGAGACUUUGUUUUCAAGGCCGGACUGGCAGCCGAGGUCGACAUCUCUCGCUCGGAUGUAUAUGGGCGGAUCCCUCUGCAUUAUGCCUGCAGGAAUGGCAGAGCGGAGAUGGUGCGGGAGCUGCUGGCUGCGGGACCGCAUACGGUCGAUAUGAUGGACCACGAUAACUUCACUCCUUUGAUCCACAGUAUUGUCAAGGGCCAACUAGCGUGUGCUGAGCAAGUGCUGAAAAGCAACGCUCGUAUUGAUCCGACCUCCGAGUCGGAUCACAUUCCCCUCAAUCUUGCCUGCCAACACGGCUCUCUCCCGAUCGUCAAGAUGCUCCUUGAGCGUAAGGCGCAGGUUUUGCCAGAUGCAGAGGGCCUCUAUCCUCAACAUAUGGUUGCGCGCGCCUCGCAAUCACCAGAGCUUCUUUUGCUUUUGAAGCACCACGGAGCCGACCUUGAUCAACGAGACAAGCUAUACCAGUGGACGCCGCUGUUUCACGCGGCGAGCGAAGGCUGUGUACCAUGCUUGCGCACAUUACUGGAAGUUGGAGUGGAUGCAAAGGUUGCAGACGAGAAGGGCCUCUCAGCUAUGUACUACGCAGCUUGGGAGGGGCAUCUUGAGUGCAUGCUCCUGCUCUGGGCCCAGCCUUCCCAAAACCCCACGUCGCGGGGUCCACUCGAUAUCUUGAAUGGUAUACAGUUCCAGGACCCCAUGGUAGAGGACAGCAGUGCCUCUAGACGUGCCAGUGAGGCCGAGAUGGACAUGGCUGAUGGCAUUCCCGACCUCGAACUCCCCCCUCCUAUUAUUCCUCUCCGACGGUACGGCCACAACUUCCUCGACAAGAAGGUGUUUGUGCAACUUCUUUUCGACCAAGGUACGCCUGGCUCGAUUACAUUUGACCAGUCAGGUCGUCAUCCUGCCGCCCGCCUGACAAUCUCCUCCAAACUCUCCGACCUUAUCCCUCGCACAAUUGUACUACCAAUUCAAGAAGACUCUCGCUCAAUAUCCUUCCACGUUGACAAAUUGGACACCUUCACUGUGGACUUUGAGAUUUUCCCUACCUUUGGUUCCAAAGUCAUUGCCAAGAGCGUGGCUUUGCCGAUCAAUUUCCGCGCUGAGCAGUCUAGCACCGGAUCUUGCUGCUUACCACUCUUCGACCCUCGCCUGCGGAGCAUCGGUCAGCUGCGGUUCAACUUUCAGGUCAUUAAGCCAUACCACGGCGACCCCUUGGAAAUUACGCACUUCGCGACAUACUGGAAGGCCACGAGCGCACUGGACUCUGAGCACAAUGGCUUUGUCACUGGCUCUAGUUUGUCAGGUGAUUAUGUGCAGCUCUUUAUCCAAUUGACCCGGGACCGUGUGCCGGUACUAUACCCUCAAUUCACGAUCGACCACCACGGCAUUGACAUCCCAGUUUCGCAAUUAUCGUACGCUCAGUUCCAGAGGAUUGGCCUCGAACGAGGUGCCAACCCUAGUGAAGUCGCCGAGUACCUGCAGACCAAGGCGGCUGGCAAUAUGCCACAAGCCCACCGCAUCUUGGCGGCAUCCUUUAUGUCUCUUCGCGAUGUCCUGCGUGACUUGCCCAUCGCCCUCAAUGUCAACCUCUCCAUUCUCUACCCGUCUGCCGCCGACGAGAAGGCGUUGGAAAUGAACUCUCUGGCCGAUGUCAACAGCUUUGCUGACCGAAUUCUGACCGAAGUCUUCGACCACGCCCGUGUGGCCCGCGAGACGAACCCCGACUUUAUGCGUUCCGUCGUGUUUACCUCCUAUAAUGCAAACAUCUGUACCGCGUUGAACUGGAAGCAACCGAACUACCCGGUGCUCCUGUGCAACGACCUCGGACAGAUCCGUGACCUGGCUCGUCGCAACGUGGACUCCAUGCCUCACGUGGACAGCAGCGGACGGGACUCAAUGUCAAUCAAGGAAUCAGCCCGGAUAGCCCAAAGCAACAACUUUAUGGGCAUAAUCUGCCGGUCCAGCCUAUUGAAUGUUGUUCCCGCCCUCGUGGAAACAAUCAAAGAACUUGGCCUCGUCUUGGUCGCCGAUACCUCUGACGAAACGGGGCAUCCGGAAGGCGAGGCUCCCCCCGUCACCAGCGCACUGGGCGUGGCGGACUGGGCAUACCGGAUGCCAGACGGUGUAAACGGCGUGAUGAAAGCAAACGGGAUCUUGAGAUUCAACGAUAUGAUCGACAUGUAA